GCGGGGAGCAGCUGAAGGCGGGGAGCGGCUCCGCCUGCCUCAUCUCGCCGAGGCUGGGAACCGGCAGCCCCGGAGCCAGCACCGGAACCGACCUGGCCGCUGCCGAUGGCACCGCGCUGCUGCCACCAAGAAGGAAGGUGCUGACCCUGUGCUUUGAAGCUCUGAGAUUUGCUACCUGGGGCCUGAGCAGGAUGGUGGCAGCCAGCCAAGAGCCUGCUGCACCCCUGGCAGUGCCAAUGUGACUGAGAAGCCGACUGGCACCUCCAGCAGCCCACCUGGCACGGCAAGCACUGUGCUUCGUGGCCCUGCCUUGGGGCCCUGCUGCCUGAAGAUGGGGGAUGGUGGCUGGAUCUCACUCAGCCCCACUGAGUUUGCCCAGCUCCAGCAGUACACAGACUACUCCACAAAGAAGCUCAAGGAUGUCCUGGAGGAGUUCCAUGGGGACGGUGUGCUGUCGAAGUACAACCCUGAACAGCCCAUCGACUAUGAGGGCUUUCGCCUCUUCAUGAAGACCUACUUGGAGGCAGAUGUGCCCGAGGAGCUUUGCCAGCACCUCUUCACCUCCUUCAGGCGUAAGAUAUGCCAAGCCUCCCCUGAAGCCCAGCGCCAGAGCUCCGGCAUCUCACAGCUCAACAACCUCGGGAUCAACGGGAAAAUGCUCCUUAGUGCUCUGGGACGACAUGCUCCUGAGCCCAAGAGCUGCCAGAGCAACGCAGCUGAGCCACAGCCAGCAUCCCUCACCCCAGCAUCCAUCCCCAACACCUCCCCCAGCUGGUCCAGAUCAUCCUCCCAGAAGUCCACCACUGGCACCCUUUCUGCUCACAACUCCUCAGGCUCUUCAAAGAUCUCUGGGUCCCUGCUCAGCCCUCAAUCCUCAGGCAUGAGGAGUAUGGAGAAGAGGUUGCCCUUCAGCCUGAGGAAGAGCCAUGGCUCCCUGAAAGCUACUCCCGCACCUCCACCUACCCCACUGGCUCAAGUGGUCCAUCUGAAGGACAUUGUCUGCUACCUGUCCCUGCUGGAGAGGGGACGUGCAGAAGACAAGCUGGAGUUUAUGUUUCGCCUCUAUGAUACCGAUGGAAAUGGCCUCCUGGACAGCUCGGAGCUGGAUCGAAUCAUCAACCAGAUGAUGCAUGUGGCCGAGUAUCUGGAGUGGGACUCAGCUGAACUGAAGCCUAUCUUGAAGGAGAUGAUGGAGGAGAUUGACUACGACCAUGACGGGACUGUGACUCUGGAGGAGUGGAUCCGGGGUGGCAUGACCACCAUUCCCUUGCUGGUCCUCCUGGGGAUGGAGACGAACGUGAAGGACGAUGGCCAGCACGCUUGGAGGCUGAAGCACUUCAAGAAGCCUGCCUACUGCAACUUCUGCCGCACCAUGCUGCUGGGGGUCCGCAAGCAGGGCCUCUGCUGCUCCUUCUGCAAGUACACCGUCCACGAGAGGUGUGUGUCCAAAGACAUUGCCUCCUGCAUCAGCACCUACACCAAAUCCAAGAGAAACACCAGUGUGAUGCAGCACACCUGGAUCGAGGGCAACUCUCCAGUCAAGUGCGACAGGUGCCACAAAAGCAUCAAGUGCUACCAGGGCAUCACUGGCCUGCAUUGUGUCUGGUGCCAAGUCACUCUCCACAACAAAUGUGCCUCCCACGUGAAGCCGGAGUGUGAUGGGGGCUCGCUGCGGGACCACAUCCUGCUGCCUUCCUACAUCUGCCCUGUUGUCCUGGACAGGCAGCCCCACUGCCGGAGAUCGGAGAGUGACUCCCCUGCCACCACCAGCCCUGAGGACAGCCAGGCCUUCAAGUUCAACUCCACCACGGUGGAUGGGCAAGGACUCCAGAUCAGCCCUCGGCCUGGGACGCACCCCCUUCUGGUGCUGGUGAACCCCAAGAGCGGAGGAAGGCAAGGGGAGCGGGUCCUUCGCAAGUUCCACUACCUGCUCAACCCACGCCAAGUGUACAACCUGGACCGCGGCGGGCCCGCGCCAGGGCUGAGCUUCUUUCGGGACACCCCAGAUUUCCGCGUCCUGGCCUGUGGAGGGGAUGGCACCGUGGGCUGGAUCCUGGAUUGCAUAGACAAGGCCAACUUGGUGAAGCACCCUCCGGUGGCUGUCCUGCCCCUGGGAACAGGCAAUGACCUGGCCAGGUGCCUGCGCUGGGGAGGAGGCUACGAAGGAGGCAGCUUGAUGAAGGUCCUAAAAGACAUUGAACACAGCACAGAGGUCAUGCUAGACCGCUGGCAGAUAGACAUCGUGCCCAGUGACAGAGAGGCCAAUGGAGACCCUGUCCCAUCCACCAUCAUCAACAACUACUUCUCCAUUGGGGUGGAUGCCUCCAUUGCCCACCGCUUUCACAUCAUGCGGGAAAAGCACCCGGAGAAAUUCAACAGCAGGAUGAAGAACAAGCUGUGGUACUUCGAAUUUGGGACAUCAGAGACCUUUGCAGCCACCUGCAAGAAGCUCCAUGACUAUGUGGAGGUGGAGUGUGAUGGGACCCUGCUAGACCUGAGCAACACAUCCCUGGAGGGCAUUGCCAUCCUCAACAUCCCCAGCAUGUACGGUGGCUCCAACCUCUGGGGCGAGACCAAGAAGCAGCGCAGUUACAGCCGGCUGGGCAAGAAAGCACCAGAGAAGCUGCACACCACAGUGGUCACUGAUGCCAAGGAGCUCAAGUUCUGCGUGCAGGACCUCAGCGACCACCUGCUGGAGGUGGUGGGGCUGGAAGGUGCAAUGGAGAUGGGGCAGAUCUACACGGGGCUGAAGAGCGCUGGGAAGAGGCUGGCCCAGUGUUCGUCUGUCACCAUCAGGACCUCCAAGCUGCUCCCCAUGCAGAUAGAUGGGGAGCCCUGGAUGCAGCCACCCUGUACUAUCAGAAUUACGCACAAAAGCCAAGUGCCGAUGCUGCUGGGCCCCCCGCAGAAGAGCAGCUUCUUCUUCCUGAAGAGGAGAAGCCGAACUCGAGAGUAAGCAGCGCAGCAGGAGCCACAGCCCAGAGUAACCUGGCGUCGGGACACCCACCCGCUGCGGGGAGUCCCCAGCUCCCUGCCCCGCAGCAGAGAGAGGAGACAUCUCCACAAGCUUGGUGGGGACGAACUUUGGCUGGGAAGGCCUUGGAAGCUCCUUUGCAAGCACCACAAGUACCUCCUGCAGCUGAUCGAGAGGCAGGGGGUGAGGGCAGGCUGGCGGCAGGGGAGUGUGUUGGCCAGAGCCAGGGCUAGGACUGGUGGUUUGCCACCCCUCCUUUAUUUAAUGCCAGCCCUUGGCAGAGCUGCAGAGGAGCACUCCUCUGAGGAACGUUGUGCUUCACUUAUUUAUUUUCUGAUCCCCUCCAAGGACACUCAGAUGUUCUGCUCUGCUGGUUUCCUGUCCACCAACCCUUGAACAUGGGACAAGUUAUUUAUUUCCUUAGGCUGGAGACAGUUUCUGCCAUGCCUUGGGCAGCUCUGGGGUGGGUCUGAAGCAGAUGCAGAGGCAGCCCCGACUGCUGGCCCUGGUUGCUGCCAGGCGUGGGGACAAGCAAUGCCUGGGCCGUGGGGACAAGCGUGGAGUGGACAAGAGGAGGCUGUGUUUUGAUGUGGAAAUGGCAAAAAAGGGACCUAGGGAGGGGGGCUGUGAAUCCUGGGAACCCCCCAUGCCCCACCUUUGUGUUCAUAUUUAUGUAUUUAUUUAGCAAACCUCUGGGGGACGUUGGGGAUUGCCUUCUUUUCAGGAGUCUGGGUUGGACACCAACACCAACAUCCUUCUCUGCUGGCUGUCCCCCAUGGCACGUCCUGCUGUGUGGAUUUUUCUCUCUCCUAACACCCACCAGCCUGCACCAGGGACUGGGCACCCUGAGGACAGACAUCCAGAAGCUCUUCUUACUUGGAAAUGUGUCCCCUCCUGCUUUUUUACUUCUUCUCAUGUGCUCUACCAGGCCUGUGCUUUCCCAAUGGCUCCUGGUACUGCUCCAGUGCUCCUGGAUGGCUGCAGGGUUAGGGGCAGAGCUGCUGCACCUCGGUUUCUGCAUGGCCGGGUCUCCCCUGGCCCCACCCUGAAGCCAGAUAUCUCUGCAGGUGCUGGUGCUGCCAGCCCCUUUCCCACAUCCAGCCUCUCCUUGUCUCCUCCCCCAGCUGGCUGCCAAAGCUCAGCAAAUAUGCAGAGGCAGGUUUCUGUGGCCUCACCUGUGUGUGCCCCACCAGGAAUGUGAGGACAGAUCCCAGGACGCAGCUUCUCCCCGGGAUGCAGCAGGCACCAGUGAAUAGGUGACUGCAUGGAGGAUGCAGUGAUCUGCUUCGUGGUGCUUCCAGGACUGGCCUAGGGAAAGGCUGCUGAUUGUUUAUGCAGGCACCCACUGGGGGGGGGACACUCAAUGCCAGAUCAGCCUCUGCUCCCAGGCAGCUCUCCAGGCUCUGGUGGAGGCCCUGUGCUGCUGUGGGCAAGCUGGAAGGGGCGUGUGCCUCGUGGCCAUGGCUGCAUGCAGGAAGGGUACCACUGCUUGUCCCUGCUGUGCCCCUGGCACAGAGCACAAAGGCCUGGCUGGGAGAGGCCAUCCUGUCCUCCCUAGGCAGCCAGCACCUGGUCCCUCCCCAUGAGGCAGGCUCCCAUUCAGUAGCUUCCCCCUGGCAGUGCAGAGGGUACUGCCAUCCUUGUGCUCCAGAGCCUCCCCCUCUCCAGACAGGAACAGUGCUGCUGGGCACCUAUUCAAGCUUUAGCUCAGAGUCGUGGAGUCAGUAGAGCCCUACUGACAUGAGAGGAGGCCACAGCACUCCAGGGGCCUCUAAGUCCAUAAGUCCACCUCAGCCAGGGCACAGAGGGAUGCUCUGGUGAGUUGCUGAGGUGUCCUUUUCUCCAGCCCUUUGCACCAUCAAGGGUUGGCUGGGGAGCAGGUGCUGGCUGCAGUGCCACACCAUAGAGGUCUCAGAGACAAGCUGGCAGGGGAGUGCCAGUAGUGCCCAGUGUGCAGAGGGAGCUCAGCACCACAGGCAAACGGUCUGAGCACAGGCCUGAGUGGCUGGUGCAGAGGUCACCACAGCUCACUGGAGCAGCUGCCUGCAUGAUGGACAUGCUCCACCCAUGGUGCAAAAAUCCUCUGUUCUCCUUCCUCACCCGGGGCAGUCAUUAAUGAGUAGCCAGGUGAAGGCACAGGAGAACAAAGCCAAAUAAGCCUCGGGUGCCAUGGAGCAGCAGCCUCCCUUUCCCCAGCCUCUCCCCAACAGCUGCUGAGCUCUGCAGCCCCCAGGCAUGGGGAGGGAGAAAGGGGAAAACCCUCAGCCAUCUCCAUAGCUUUGCCAGCAGGCAGGGUGAUAGGUCUGACCCAUGCACUGACAUCAGCCAAGGUCAGCAGAGUUUCCAGCAGCAGGUUUGGCUCCGUUUCCCUGCCUGCUUGGCCUCAGCCCCGUGUUUUAUCCUGGGGCUCUGAUUACAAGGUUCCUGUGUAGAAUCAGCAGUGGUUUCAACCACAGACCUGCUCCUUGCACCCAGCCAUGGUCUGCUGGGCUCUGGGCAAAGAGCAGCUCUCAGACCUCUCUGCCACAGUUCAGGGGUGGCAGAACUUGCGGAUGCGAGUGGGCACUGUGCCCAUAGCCAUAAGUCCAGAUGUGUGCCAUGGGCAAGAAGCACUCAUUUGAGCCCAAAGCCAGAGGGGAGCCCUCAGAAGCAUGUCCUGCAGGGCACAGGGAGCUCAAGGCCACCACUCUGCACCAGCAGGAAGAUGAUAUGCUGGCAUUGAUCUGCAGAUAGUGAUGGCUCUGAUACAAACAUCCUCUUCUGAUGAUCAGUGGGACAGCCCCUGCCACCUCCCCCAGGGGAUGCAGCUUCAACUUGCUCCAGCCAUGCCAAAGCUACAGUUCAACGUCCCAAGCAGCUAUCCACCUCCUUAGUCCAAUAAUACAAAGGUCUCCAGCCCAGAAAGAGACACACAGGGGCCAGGACACCAGCCUGGAUGUCCCCAGCCCUGGGGAACAAUGAGGCACUCACUCAUCCAAGAGGCCAAUGAGGCUCCCCAGCCCCCUUGUCUCUCUUCGUAUUUCCUCAGCCUUGUUCACUCCCCAAAGGCUGCAGUAGGGAGCAGGACACCCCCAAGUCCCAGGUACCAGUGCCAGUCUGCAGGGGGACUCCUGAGAGCUGGAGAACAUCACUCCCAUGGAAUCCCCUCCCAGCCCAGUACCAGCCCUGUCAUCCCACUGUGCGUAGCUGUGGUUGCUUGCAUGGAAACGGUGUCUGUAGCCUACCGCCUGUUGCUGCGUCCAGCUGGACUGCUGUGGGCUUGCCUCAAAUAAAGAUGGUGGUAAAACA